ACGUCACGUCAACCGCCGCUGCCGUGCUGUGCGAGCAGCUGCCUGACUGACCGGCCGCUGUGGUCUUGCUGUAAAACUGUCCCCACAAAAAACAGUCCACUGUUAUGGUACCGGAGAGACCCAGGAAGGGUCCGGUUUGCGCCGAGAAGAAAUAAAUAUUCGGGGCUGUUCGACCACGAAUGAAUGAAAAACGUUGGCGCGAGAGUGCACCGGACAAACAGACGGCGAUAAACGUCCAGUUUCACAACAACAGCAGCCGCUGACAGACUGACACCAUGAAUUACGUGGGGCAGCUGGCAGGCCAGGUGCUGGUGACUAUGAAGGAGCUGUAUAAGGGCAUUAAUCAGGCCACGCUAUCAGGCUGCAUCGAUGUAGUGGUGGUCCGCCAGAAGGACGGCUCCUAUCAGUGCUCACCUUUCCAUGUCCGCUUUGGGAAACUAGGUGUGCUACGCUCCAAAGAGAAAGUGAUUGACAUAGAGAUCAACGGGGAGCCUGUGGAUCUUCACAUGAAGCUUGGAGAUAAUGGAGAAGCCUUCUUUGUGCAGGAAACCGAGGAGCAGAAUGAGAUUGUUCCAGCUCAUCUGGUCACUUCCCCCAUCCCCACUGAUGCUCACCUGUUUUGGAUCGGAGGGGAUCACAGGCAAAGUCAGAACCUGGAUGACGACCCACUGGACCCUGAGGAUCCUCCAGAGCCCUCUGUUUCCAGCACAGGGGCUGCUAAAAAGAAGAAGAGGAGGAGGAAGAAGCACAAAGGUGAUCCGCGGCGUGAGGAGCUGACUCCUCCUGUUGCCAUCAGCUCCACUGCGUCGACAGACGACAUCUUUGAGAUGGAGCUGAGUUCUGAUGAGGAAGCCAACACCAGAUCAUCUUCAAUCAAUCCAGUUCGAGACAUUGAUCCCAAGUUACCAACAGUAUGUCAUUCUUUGGACAACUACCCUUAUUCUGAUGGUGACUGGUCUCCUUCAGAUAGUCAUGUCAUGGCCUUUUCUCCCAAGAGUGACUCUGAGCUGGUGGUUCGGCCCUCAGAGAGUCUGCUUAAAAGGGAGUCACACAUGCAGUGGACGUGGGGAGAGUUGCCAGAAUCUACCAGGGUUUCUAAGAAGAAGAUAGAGCUGCCGAAGACCGUGACAAUAACGCCAUCAGAGAACACUCACUUCAGAGUCAUCCUGAGCUCUGAGGCCAUGGAGACCGAUGACAGAGGACCAGCCUCAGGGGCUUCUGACUGUACCAUAGUUAAACCUGAACCCCGCACCCCUGUGACUCCCCAAACUCCCACAGAGUCAGAGUUGGAGACGGUGACCAGUGCAGAGAUGACCUCCACUCCUUCAGACAGCCAUCCUGCCGCUCAAACUGCCGUCUCUGCUGUUCCUAUAGUUGGAGAGGUGGGAGAUUCUGCUCCCAAGACUGACUCACCCUCCAAGAAAAAAGGAGUCCCAAAAAGGAGUCAGCACCAGGGCCCUGAGGACAUCUACCUGGAUGACCUGAAUGUGUUGGAGCCCGAUGUCGCUGCUCGCUAUUUUCCUAAGAGCGAGUCUGACCCCAGCUCCAAGCACUGGAUGGAUUCUGGGAUGCACUCAGGCUCGCAGUCGCCGCAGUCUGUCGGCAGUGCUGCGGCUGACAGUGGCACCGAAUGCCUGUCCGAUUCUGCCAGCGAUCUCCCUGAUGUCACUCUGUCUCUGUGCGGAGGACUCGGUGAGAACGGAGAGAUUUCCAAAGAAAAGUUUAUGGAGCACAUCAUCACGUAUCAUGAGUUUGCUGAGAAUCCAGCUAUCAUAGACAAUCCCAAUCUGGUUGUAAAAAUAGGAAACAGGUAUUACAAUUGGACACUGGCUUCCCCUUUGAUCUUAAGUUUGCAGGCAUUUCAGAAGAAUCUACCCAAGGCUACAGAGGAAGCGUGGGUAAAAGAAAGGAUGCCAAAGAAAUCCGGCCGCUGGUGGUUCUGGAGGAAAAGAGCAGACAGCACUAAUAAACAGUCGGAAAGCACUGAAAAGUUGGAAAUAAAACAGUCCCAACUGGAGGAACGCAGCUCGUCUUUGUCAUUGGAAAGCCAUGCCCGCAAAGUGGACACCAGGGACUCGUCCAGCGACGAGGAGGGGAAGGAGGUGAGCGCCGCCGCAUCAUCCAUGGAGCGCAAGGUCCAGUUUGAACCCCACGGCCACACAUCAACUCACGCUUACCGCAAGUCCCUGCGCAUCUCCUCUGACCAGAUUGCUAGCCUGAAAUUAAAGGAAGGGCCCAAUGAUGUCACGUUCAGCAUCACAACACAGUACCAGGGCACGUGCCGCUGCGAAGGCACCAUCUACCUUUGGAAUUGGAAUGAUAAAGUCAUCAUCUCAGACAUCGAUGGAACCAUCACCAAAUCAGAUGUUUUUGGACAGAUUUUGCCUCACUUUGGGAAGGACUGGACGCAUCAGGGCAUUGCCAAACUGUACCACUCUGUUGCUGAAAAUGGAUAUAAGUUCUUGUACUGCUCAGCCAGGGCGAUUGGCAUGGCAGACAUGACACGAGGGUAUCUGCAGUGGGUAAGUGACGGCGGUAUCAUCCUGCCCCGUGGUCCCCUCAUGCUCUCUCCCAGCAGCCUCUUCUCUGCAUUUCACAGGGAGGUGAUCGAGAAGAAGCCAGAAAUCUUCAAAAUCGAAUGUCUUACUGACAUUAAGAACCUUUUCUUUCCCAACAAACAUCCCUUUUACGCUGCAUUUGGAAACCGAACGAAUGACGUCUUUGCAUAUAAAGAGGUCGGCGUGCCAGUCUGCCGGAUUUUUACAGUCAACCCCAAAGGAGAGCUGAUACAGGAACAAACCAAGGGCAACAAGUCUUCGUACAGUAGAUUGAGCGAGCUGGUGGAUCAUGUCUUUCCCUUGCUGAGUAAAGAACAAAGCUCAGCUUUCAAUUUCCCAGAAUUCAGUACCUUCUGUUUCUGGCGUCAGCCCAUCCCUGAAAUCCGUCCUGAGGACCUGAUUUUCUAGAGCGUCCCCGGAGGCCCAUUUUCAGAUGAUCAAUCUAAAACACACUAACAAUCUGUCAUCAGUACCACUUAAACGAUACUCUGGAUGAUACGCAUGAACUGCACCAAAGCACCUCAAAGUUUUCAACUAGUGUGAACACCAAAAUAGUUCAAAUACAACACAUUACAUAUAAGGAAUCUAGGUUGAACUUCCUCCAACAAACAACAAAUGUACUCGGUGCUGUUCUGUCUGAGACCAUUAACAAAAUGUAAUAUUCUGUAUUAUUUUGAUUUAGCUGCUAUUAUGAGCUUGGCUGCUUCAGCUCUGAAGGAAUCUAUUGCUGAAGGGUUAAUGUUUACACUAUAAGUUAGUAUUAUCUAGAAUGACCAAUGGCCUCUAAGCUAGCAGAAUGACAGAUGAGUGUGCACUUGUUGGGGUAAUGUUGUAUGUUAUGCAUCGAUUAUUUAUACAGAUUAGUCAGAAUGAACUACACGCACUGCCUGUAAGAUGCGGUGAAGGUAUGCCAGUUUGAAUAUGCAUUGCCAGAUGGUAGGAAAUGAGCUCAGAAACUUUGACACUGGGAAGUAUGCUCAGAAUGAGCAGUGCCAGAAGACACCACUCAUCAUUUAAAUUACUCCGCUUAUACUGACUAGAGUUCUAUGAAAGUUACACCGAGCGAGCCGUCGUAAUAGGGGUUUCUGGUAUUGUUUCUCUGCCGUUGACAUUUUCAUCGUCUGGCUGCUACAAAACGACUUGCCGAUCGCACUUUCAGCUGCCGCCAAGAGAGGAAGAACAACACAUUUUGCACUUAACUCGUGAUUGGAAGGAAAUAUCGUUUGAAGCUUUUCAGCGUUUUUUGUAAAUGCAAUGGAAAUAUUUGAUCACUUUGAUCCUUUAAAUCAACCUCAGCAAGAUAUCUGUAUUAAGUUAUGAAGAGUGUAGAGUAUAUUUGCUUUCAUUUUGAAGGUAUGGUGUUAUACCUUAAUGUAGGUUGUAGUGGUUUCAAACAGUUGUUGCCUUUCUUUUUUUCUAAUAAUCCGGCCUUUGCAUGCUUUGUUUGAUAAAUGAAUAUGACAGUUUUCAUGUUUUAUGUAUUGAUGCGUUCUGCUACUGUAACCAGUUUAAAGGGUCCAUGCUAUUGUACAUUUUCACUAUUCAUGCACUCGUGAGUUAUUUUUAUUACGAAAUCUUGGAAGUUAAUGAUCAAGUGUAGAAAGGGAGUGUGAGUUGAUUGAAGUAAUGAGCUCUUUAUUCAGUAGCUGAGGUCAUGGCCCUUGACUAACUGUUAUGUUUUAAAGACAUCUUUCUUAAUCAUUUGUCGGGUUCCUUUAAGAUCUCUAAAGGGUAGAUUUUUUUAGAGCACCGUGUGCUGAAGAUUACAGUAGAUGUACAAACUUAGAGCACAGUGAAAUCAUUUCUUUGUCUAUUCAUUUAAGAAAAACUAUUAUUUAGGGAGAUAUUUGGCCAUUACAUGGUGAAAUUGACUGUUGUAAUUUAAUAUUGUCUACAGUUGUGAUGUUUGCAAGUGAAAUCUGUUAACAAAGAAAUCACAUUCUUUCUAUGAAAGUUAUACCUCUUGUGUGGGAUGAACACACUUAUGAAUUUAAGAAUAAUGAAAAAGACAAAAAUGUAAAAAAAAAAAGAUAUUGAAACUGCUGUUAUAAGUGCUGAAUGUUUUCAUUAUUUCUCUUGAUGUUUGCCUUUUGUUUUAUUUGCUUUUAUUUCUAGCUGCUUUCUUGGUUUUGAUGUGUAGCUUCACAUUGCAUUUGGACAGCAUAAAUUCCUUUAAGUGGAUAAUUGUAUUGUUUGGACAAUGUUUAUGAAUCUAUUAAAGAUGUAUUUACUAAA